AUGGGCGCCGCACCAUUCUUCGUCAUACUUCUCGUCAUCGUCGCGGCAGAGACGGCGACGUCCAGGGUGGUCGUGGAGGAGAAGCACUGCCUGUCGCAAAGCCACGCGUUCAAAGGCCUGUGCUUGAGCGACACCAACUGCGAGAGCGUAUGCAAAACGGAGAAGUUCACAGGCGGCAAGUGCAAGAUCGACGGCGUCUCGCGCAAGUGCUUCUGCAAGAAAGACUGCUAG